CAAGUCUCCUUGUGCAAUAGUUGUUAUCUGUCAUGCAGAAAUACUGUGUAUAUGACUACUCGUCUCCAUGAGUACAAAUAUCGUCGUUUUUUUUGUGUGUGUUUGACAAGUGACAUGUUAGCACAUCGGGAUGGAUACCAUACAUGAUGUGAAACAUAAUUGUGGGCUGUGUUCCUGUGCAUUGCAUGUAAUUUCGGUAACUGUACGUUUCGACCGUGAUGCAGUUUGAUAGCAUUUUUAGACUGGCAUGGGUGACAGAGUGACUACGCCUGCCCCGGCCACUGCAGGCCCUCCCACGCGACAUCGGCCGUGGGAACCUGCAACUGCUGAAGCAAAGUCUGGUGUCACAUCCUUGGCAGACAUUUUUGAUACAGCCUUCUCAUCUACAGUUGACCGUCCUGUGGAUAAUACUGAAAAUUUCUCUGCAGGUCCCGGUGAUGCAGACUUCGAUCAGCUGCUGUCCGACAAUGAUCCACUGUUUGCUGACAGUGACCCUGACGCAGAUGAAUCGGUAUUGGCUACAAGCCUCGAUGAGUACUAUGGCUUCAGUACAGAUGCUGGGGCUGUAGGGGUGGAUGUGGCAGUGGGAGGGCAUUGGUCGGCAGCGGUUCAGCCGUCACCAUCAGUUCUGCCUGGCAGCUCUGCACUUGCACCCCCACCUCCACCUCCACUCCCACCACCUGAACUGUUCGACUUGGUAAGACGCAAAAGAUCACUUCGAGAGGAUCGCAGUGCCUGUGCUGUUGCUGCUACUGCUGCUGCAAAACUGAGAGCGAGAACAAGGGGCAUAUCCUCUCCCUCGAGUUCCUCCACUGACUUCGUUUUCUCACCAGGGCCAUCAGUAUCUAGUCGACAAAAUUCUCAAGGAUACAGCCAGCCAGAUGAUGGUCCAAGCGCUCCUGAUCUCCAGCUUGAUUGGCUCUCAUCUGGUAGUGAUGCUGAUGACACUGAUGAUGAUAGUGGCAUUGAAGUUCUUGGAAUGCAUACACUUUAUGAGAAUGGUUCGACAGCACAGCAGUCUCAAAAUGUACAGCAGCAACAGGAGCAGCAGCAGCAGCAGCAGCAGCAGCAACAACAACAACAACAAGAACAGCAGCAGCAGCAGCAACAGCAGCAGCAGCAGCAACAACAACAACAACAACAACAGCAACAGGUGGACAUGCAACAACAACAACAACAACAACAACAGCAGCAGCAGCAUGAGCAGGAAAGGCAAAGACGACAGCUGCGGAGACAUUAUAUGAGUGAACGUCAGCAUCAACAAACAAUGUAUACACCAAGCACGAACAUCUAUGUUCAGGCAGCUGCUCAAGCUUCUCAGAUAUUACCGCAACCUACUGAUAUACUUACACCGCAACAGCACUUCGAAUUUUGUUUGGAGCAUCCAUCUGAACAAGUGCCAAUGAUGCAGCACCAGCAGCAGACUCAGCAGCAGCGACAGCAGCAACAAAGCACUGUUGGAAAUAGUCAAACGAAUACCGAUAGUGGUGCAGUACCCGUUGUUGAUUUGACUCAAGAAUCUGACGAGGAGAUGCCUAUGGUUGCCCCAGUGCCAUUAACAUCAAUGCCACCAGGAGGGACACGACCAGGCAUUAUAUCUAGGCAUCCUGCACGAUUGAAUUAUCCAGCAGUGCCAGCACCUGCCCCUGCGCCAACAUCAUUCUCGGUCGGCUGUCGAGCAAGAUGUCGAAGUAGGGGUGACUUAGCAUCUACGGUUGGUCCUACAUCUAUGGGACCUGUUACUGGACAUCUGGGGAGCUCAGUUGGCCCUGGACCUGGUCCAAUUGCCACUGACUCACAUCGAUGUUAUUCGGCACCUUGGAUGCACCCCUGUCCUGCUGUUACACCACAUGCUCAUGGCCAUGUUCACAGUCACAGCCACACACAUGGUCACAAUCAUAAUUCUCAUGGAUACAAUGGUGGCCGGUUUUAUGUAGGUGAUGCACCACUACAACGAAUGGCACAAUUCCAGUAUGGCGGUGUUAACUCAGGGCGCCCUACUACAGGUGCCUUUCCAUAUCUGGCUCCACCUCCUCCUCCUCCCCCUCCACAACCUCGUAUCUAUCCUGUCCAUGAGCGACUGUGGCAUACUCAACAGCGUAUACAGGAGAUUCAGCGACGACAACAUUCUUUGCAUGUGCAGCAGCAGCAACAGCAGCAGCAGCAACAGCAGCAUAGCCGAAGCUUGAUUGGCCGUGGUGAAGAUGAUGCUUAUUGCCGACUUCAGCAGGGAGCCAGCCGACAUUCUUGUCAUGCUGCUCCACCUCCUCCACCUCCACCACUGCUUGCUCCACAGCAGCCAACUGUUUACAGUCGGCCUGAGGUUGUGCCGGCUCCUGCUCCAACAGCUGCACCACCUACAGGAGCUGCUGCCGCCACUGCAGGCUGGACGCCAGAGGCAGAUGUUCUCACAUCCAGUACUGUGCUUUCAUCACCUCCAACUAUCAUGCCUGACUUGCACACAGAAAUUGUUGUCAGCUCUCCACCUACUGUUGGCAUGGAAGCCACACACCAACAUGUGCACCAUCAUCUGUAUCACUAUCACCAGCCAGGACAUCGCAUGCACCACCUGCAUAUCAGCAUAACCCCUACAGUUACUGCUGGUAGUACCAGCCCUGAGCUGGUGUUUCCGCCAGUUCUAGCGCCUGAGUUAGUUCCUUUUCCUUUCCUGGCUCGACAUAUGACAGCGAGACUCGAGGAUUAUGUCCGUGUAGUGGAGCAGCGUCGUCUUGCCCAUGCCAAUCGUGGUGCUGAUCAGGAGACAAUUGAGCGUUACACAUUUCCUCAUAAAUACAAAGUGUUCAAGAGAAGAACAGAUGAUCUGGAAGACAACACAGAGAAGUGUACUAUAUGUCUGUCAGAAUUUGAAGAAAAUGAAGAUGUCAGACGCCUGCCAUGCAUGCAUCUCUUCCAUGUCGAGUGUGUUGAUCAGUGGCUCAGCACAAAUAAACGUUGCCCCAUCUGUCGUGUGGACAUUGAAACUCAUCUCAACAAGGACUUGCAGACAACUUGACAGCUGUUUGUGUGUGUAGACAGUGAAUAAUCUUCAGCCAUCACACCCAGUGCAGAAUCUUCUGGCUUCUGUAGUGGUGCUUCCUGGAGACAUCUUUAGUCUUUAUAUUUAAUGUUAAGCUAUUGUACUUUGAUUGAUAUAAUUCAAGGUGGGGCAUCCGAUUGUGUGGGCAUGAAAUUAAGGCAUCAGUUUAGAUUAUUAUUAUUAUUAUUAUUAUUAUUGUUAUUUUUAACCAGGAUGAUUACACUAGGUUGCAAAAUGCUAAUGAAGUGUGAUUACUGCAGGUUUCUUUUUCCAUCCAAGUCGUGUGACGUGGCCUGCUUGUUUUUUUAGAGUUACCAUAUGUUCAUGCUAACAGCUGAUUGCAUUGUUCUUAAAGUCAAAACACUGUAGGCUAAAUUGGGGAAUAUUACUAUGUUUAUUUUGUGAAUAUAAAGUAUUUAUUAACAGUUGAAGCAGCGUAAUAAUCAUGAAGGAAUGGAAUCCUCUGCUCCGUGAACAAUAAUUGUAUAUACAAGAAAAAAAAAUGAGAGCAAGCUUUAUUGUGCCUAUUAUCUAAAUAUAAAUCAGUUAUUAAAAACGCCAGCAACAUAAUAAACUUUAAGGUGUGGAAUCCUCUGCUCAACAAAGAAGAAUUACACAUAAAAUUAAGAAUGAGGAUUAACAGACGCAACUCCAGAUGAAUGAUGACUGGUAUUUAGGCUUACUUAAAACAUCAGAAAAUCAUACUUGCUAGUAUUAGUAUAAUACCCCUCUCCCUCCUUCCCCCUCAGCUCUCUCUCUCUCUCUCUCUCUCUCUCUCUCUCUCUCUCUCUCUCUCUCUCUCUCUCUCAGCUUUGUGUGUGUUACCAGAAUUAACUCAUAUUUUCUCACUACUGCAGUGUGUCAUGUGGCUCCCCCUCUCCUCCUCGACAAUACUCAAAAUGUCAUCUUGUAUCCACCUUGCCCAGCAUGUCUUCCUUCCUCCCAGCUACUCAAUCUUUCAUUUCACCACACCCUCCUCCCUCACACACACACACACACAAACACACACACACACAC